AGCGGCUCGGUGUGCACCCUCGUUACAUCCUUUUAUUAUUGUUUUGCUUUGCUCCAGUCUCCUUCCUCCCAGGUGCCCCGUACGUCAGUGUCUCUUUAACUGCACGUUUCAUCUGUCACUCAUUAGCAUUCCACACAUGUUAAGUACACUUAGAAAAAUAAGUCCCGGGUAGAGAAGAGAGAGGCACCAUUCAGCCAGUCAUUUCUCUCCGGUGCAGCCGACCAGCUGGAUCUCACAGGCAAGUUUUAGCUCCAGCCGAGCUCUCGCUCACACACAUCACUCUCCGUAGUCCCAAGGAUAAAAAUCUCAUCACAAUCAAAAAUAUGGAAAUGGCUAAUUAAAUGCAGACACUUUGAGAUGGCCGCUCACUAAAGUUCUUGUUAUCUACCCUUUGAUGUAAUGUGCCAGGCGCUGGAUCCUGCACCGGGAACUGGAACCUGGGACUUGUGAAUUAUCCCCAAGCCGGAGAAAAGAGAGCUCAAAAUGUGUCGGCAGUGGAUGUUCAGCGCAGUAUUGAAACUAUGGAUGGCGGUGUCCAUUAGCCUGUGCCAAAGUGGAGAUGAUGCCCUAGCAGAUUUAGGGUCGGGUUAUAUUAUAGACACUCUACAUGAUCAGCCCAAAGAGCCUACAAGUCAACCUAGAAGCCACCCUCAAGAAACAAACCAAUGUCAGCUUACAUUUACGGUCCCUCCUCAAGAACAAUAUGUGAUGAAAGCGACAUCUCCAGUUGUAAAGGAGGAGGUCACCUAUCUACACAACCUACUUCAGGACACCAACAGGGUGUUACAGAGCCUGCAGUACACAGUUAAUGCUGAUGCCCAAGACCUUGGCUACCAAGAGGUCAUUGAUGAUCACAACAAAGGAAUUCGAGAGGACAACAAAGAAUUUUAUGGCACUUUAAGCAAAAUUAUGCAGGAGUUUCACACGCACAUGGAGGAAGAUGUAGCUGAUGUUCCAGAUGAGAGAACAAAGCUAAAAAGGAACUUCCAGAUGAUGGAAAAUCUGCUUCAAACAACAACUCUCAUAGCUGAAAAGCUUGACAAGAAGGCCGGAGACCUUGAUGUUGCUUUAGAAAAGCAGAUGGCAAAAUGCACGACCCUGGCUUAUCAAACUACCAUGGGAUCCUGACAGCAUGAUGGCGGCAUCUUCCUCAACAAGCUUUCUUUUUUUGUUUCAGUUUGAGAAUUUACAGUCAUUUCUGUAAAGUGUAUGGAAAAUUGUGUAAAUUUAAUGCUGAAUAUUUCCUUUGUCUUAUUCUGUAGGUUUCAAAUAUAAUUACUGAACAGGAAAAGAGAACCCUGUAAACAAGUACUUCUUUUACUCCUGCUUUACUCCUUCAUGUAAAAUUCUGCCUCAGGAUAAAAACUUGAAAUGGUGAUAAUAAAAGGACAAGUAUAACAGGAUACUUUUGUUUUAAAGGGCAUCUGAACAUGAAAUGGACUUUAUGAUGUAAGGUCCAAAAAUAUGUUUAUGCAUAAAGCAAUUCAAGAAAUUACACACCUACAUAAAAAUAGCUUGGUUUGUGCCAAUAGAAGCUGAUGUGGUUGAAAUAACUCACUAAUGGACGUAAAGAAGUUAUAUUAUCUAUGGUUUUGGAGGCUACGUGCUUAUGUGUGGAGGUUUGGUUUCUAUUACACUAGUGCCUGCCAAUUUUUUGGGUCAUAUCCAUAUCUUUUUUUUCUUCUGUUUGUAUGUAUAUCCGAAGCACUAAUUGUAUUUGCAUAAAAUGUGUUAGGACCUCAA